AUGGCAGAAGGAAAGACGGGAAGCGCAGGGCUGUUUGCUAAACGGGUCCAGAAGCAAUUCAGCCGAGCCCAAGAGAAGGUUUUGCAGAAAUUGGGGAAAACCGUGGAAACAAAAGAUGAACAGUUCGAGCAAAGCACGUACAAUUUCCAACAGCAACAGGCAGAAGGCCAGAAACUCUACAAGGACCUUAAGGUUUUCCUCAAUGCUGUGAAAGUGAUGCAUGAAAGUUCCAAGAAAGUGGCCGAGACCCUGCAAGAAAUUUACAGUGCUGAGUGGGAUGGGUUUGAGGACCUGAAAGCCAUAGCACAGAGCAAUGACCUUCUAUGGGAAGAUUAUGAGGAGAAGCUGGCAGACCAGGCCGUCAGAACCAUGGAGAACUACUUGACUCAGUUCAAUGAAUUUAAGGAGCGAAUUGCUAAGAGAGGACGGAAACUGGUGGAUUAUGAUAGCAACAGGCAUCACUUGGAAGCCUUGCAGAAUGCCAAAAAGAAAGAUGAAGCUAAGAUUACUAAGGCUGAAGAAGAGUUCUACAAAGCCCAAGCAGUAUUUGAGGAGAUCAACAAAGAACUACGAGAAGACUUGCCUGUUCUUUACAAUAGUCGAAUUGCAUGCUAUGUGACCAUAUUCCAGAAUAUUUCCAAUUUGCGAGAUAUCUUCUACAAGGAAAUGAGUAAGCUGAACCACGACCUGUAUGAUGUGAUGAGCAAACUGGAAAAACAACACUCCAAUAAAGUCUUCAUUAUUAAAGGAGUCUCCAGUAACAGAAGCUCCCUGGUCAUCUCCUCUCCAGUAAGUCCAACCAGCUCCUCUUUCAUGCCUCCGGGGAGUAACAUAAGUGAGGCGCCAACAUCUCCUCCGGCUGCUUCCUCCAAUCAUGCCGCAGAGACGGCAUCUAUAUCCAGCAGAGCCAGUGAAACGGAGGAAGAGGGCCCCUCAUCUUUGGCCACAGCUUUGCAGAAUGAGGCACCGGAUACCACUGAGUCAGAUUCUUCUGCUGUGAGAGAGCCCAAGGAUGGCAGCCGAGCUGGAGUACCGGAGAAGCCCAUAAGCAUUUCCAAAGGCACCCCUCAGAAUGUCGAGGCAUUUGCAAACAAUAUAGCAGCAGGGAUUUUAUCGGAGGCGCUGGCUGAGGUGGCCAGCAAAGGCCAAAUCGUUCACAAAGACCCAGAAGACACCACACGGCCCAUUUCGAUUGAUAACUCCCAAACAAGUGACAUUUGUGACCAAGAAGGAAGUUCUCUACCCUGUCUUAGCAGUGACGUUCCAGCUCCACCAAAACAGGAAGCCGCCGAGCCCUCUGAAGACGCUCUGAACGAUGCUCCGGUUGAGGAAUCGAACCAUCAGGAGAAUGAGUCGCCACCUAGCGACAUUUCAGAGAGUCCUGAAAAAAAUCUAGAUUCUGGGUCUUCCACUGAAGCUGAAGCAACCCAAGACGACAUACCCAUUAAUACCAAUGACGGGCUUACCCCCACUGUACUGGAAACUGGGGCCGGCCAUAAGAUGCCGCCCCAUCAAACACAGACUGGAGAAGGGAGCUGUCAGAAAUGUGGGAAUACCGAAGAUGAUGUCAGCAGCGACGGAAGCAUUGAAGAAACAGAUGUUUCGCCAAAGGUCAUCAGCACUCAGACUGCCUCGACCUUCUUCUCAGAAGAUGAGAGUGAGAACUAUAGCAAACUGCCCCUGGACUUCCUGUUCAAGGCUCAAGCGACACAAGAUCAUACAUCAGAUGAUGAGAAUCACCUUCAGUUUGGAAAAGAGGAUAUCAUACUGGUGCUGUCGGAUACACAGGCACAGGAAAGAGGAUUCCUUAUGGGUGUAAAAGAGAAUGACUGGAAGGAAAACCGGAAUAUAUCACAGAAAGGCAUUUUCCCCCCUGACCUCAUCAAAUCCAUCUCCGAGGAAUAA